GGAGCCAGGCAUGGCAUCUGCUAAUCCAGGAAACGGCGAAUAUGCUCCUCCACCGGCACCUAACGACAGCCAACUGCUGAGUGAGUAAAAAUGACACCAUUAUCAUCGUCUUCUUCUUCGCUUCUUCCCGUGCAGACAGUGGAGGGAGUAAUUUAGUUUUCUUGGGCUUCUUCCUCUGCUGCUGGCACAACUGGAUUUUGGAAUUGGAAUGGUGCUGCAGUGUAGGUUGAUUGGUUUCCAAGAUCAGAUUUGAUUAGGAAGGACUAGGAGGAUACAAAACCACUGUCUGCCACCUGACUGAGUAGCGAGUAGGACAAGGAUGGCGGCGGCGGCGUCCGUCGUCGUGCCCAAGCCUCCUCCUCCUCCUUCUACCAGCGCCUCUUCGGUGCUGAGGAGGGUCUCCCCCUCGUGGCUUGCCCCUACCCGCUUCUCCCCGCACCAUCCCUUAAGAAGCAUGGUCCGCCUCUCCUCAUCCACGUCCUCGGUCUUACUGCCGGAGCCUGAGCCUGUCCACCAAGUCCAAGAAGAGGAGGAGGAGGCGUUGGGCUCGGCAGACUCGAAGCCCCGCCGCAUCGCCCUCUUCGUGGAGCCCUCGCCCUUCGCCUACGUCUCCGGCUACAAGAACCGCUUCCAGAACUUCAUCAAGUACCUCCGGGAGAUGGGCGACGAGGUGAUUGUGGUCACCACCCACGAGGGCGUACCUCAAGAAUUCCACGGAGCCAAACUAAUUGGAUCAUGGAGCUUCCCUUGCCCCUGGUACCAAAAGGUUCCGCUCUCGCUAGCGCUAAGUCCUCGAAUCAUUGGAGAAGUUGCUAGAUUCAAGCCUGACAUUAUUCACGCCUCUUCCCCUGGAAUAAUGGUAUUCGGUGCCCUAAUUAUCGCAAAAUUGCUCUGCGUCCCUCUAGUGAUGUCAUACCACACCCACGUUCCAAUUUAUAUACCCAGAUAUACAUUCAGCUGGCUUGUCAAGCCCAUGUGGCUAAUUAUAAAAUUCUUGCACCGAGCUGCGGAUCUCACACUGGUACCAUCUGUUGCUAUCGGUAGGGAUCUACAAGCUGCCCGUGUUACAGCAGGUCUGUAUAACUACAGUAAUCUAUAUGUGGUUUCAUUAUCUUUUACAUCUACCAUCCUCCUCAAAUGGUGCAUGUUUCCAGCCAAUAAAAUACGCCUUUGGAACAAGGGCGUUGAUUCGGAAAGCUUUCAUCCUCAUUUUCGAAAUAAGGAAAUGCGCUCAAGGCUAACUAAUGGCGAACCAGAAAAGCCACUUAUAAUCUAUGUUGGACGCUUGGGAGUUGAGAAAAGCUUGGAUUUUCUUAAGAGAGUCAUGGACCGACUUCCAGGAUCAAGAAUUGCAUUUAUUGGAGAUGGACCAUUCAGGGCUGAGCUUGAAGAAAUGUUCUCAGGUAUGCCUGCAGUGUUCACCGGUACAUUACAAGGGGAAGAGCUAUCACAGGCCUAUGCCAGUGGGGAUGUGUUUGUGAUGCCUUCUGAGUCAGAGACGCUUGGCUUUGUUGUGCUUGAGGCCAUGUCAUCUGGAGUUCCAGUAGUUGGUGCUCGAGCUGGAGGAAUACCUGAUAUUAUACCAGAGGAUCAGGAGGGCAAGACGAGCUUUCUGUACACACCAGGGGAUGUUGAUGAUUGUGUUAGCAAGAUUGAGCGUCUCUUGUCAUGCGAAGAGUUUAGAGAGGCGAUGGGGAGGGCUGCCAGAAUUGAGAUGGAGAAGUUCGACUGGAGAGCAGCGACGAGGAAAAUUCGAAACGAGCAGUACAGUGCUGCGAUUUGGUUCUGGCGCAAGAAGAGGGCACAGGUGCUGAGACCCAUCCAGUGGGUGGUCCGGAGGUUGUUCAGGCCUGCGCCUGCCAUAACGAAGCAAUCAUAGAAGUAAAGUAUUCCAGUGUUCAGUGGGUUGAGUGCACAUCAAAGGUAGUCCAUGUGGUGCCGAUAAUUGGACAUGUGAUGCUGAAGCUAAUUAAAGGGGAGGAAGCUGGAGCUCACACCACUGCAGUUUUACUACAAUCCAAUACACUGAAUGAUCACUGAACUUGCUACAAUGAGAUGAGAGGAGAGGUGGCAUUUGCGCCUCCAGUAGUAGAUUGUAAAUCGUGUUUGUGUAUUGCUUCGCUUGCUACACUGUUGAUUGGUGACGAUUUGGCUAGUCUAGUUACAUUAUUACAUUCCUAUUCCUUUGGUAGCAUUGGUAAUUUGUAUAUCUGUCUUCGGUUGCACAGGAUAAGGAUAAUAAGAGUACCCGAUAUGUACAUAGCGAUAUUAAGAGGGAUUGCAAUUUUUUUC